GCUAAAGUCACAGAUUCAUCAGGGGCGUAUAUUGUGAGAUCGAAAUGUGAAACUCCUCGUUUCGAGAUAUCGCCUCCCAUGCUCGAAUCGCGUAUGGAUACAGACGAAGUUGUGCCAACUUGUUGGUGAAGAACGAGUGGGUACCUUCCCCAGACGCCUCGCCCAGAACAGGGUCCACAGACGCUACCGGUAUCGUCACUCUCAAGCAUCCACCUAGUGCCUCAAUCCUCGCCUGAAACACCAACACACGCCUCACACUGCACACCUCUUCGCUCCUCCAUAGCACGCCGUGUAACCAACCCGCAACUUCUCUCACGCCGCGCGAACUGAUAUCCCUCGGCUUCCGCACCAAAGACCACAGCCAUGUCCGAUGCCUACGAGCGCGAACGGCAGAACAACUCGCGCCUGGACGAGCUCAGCGCAAAAGUCUCGGCACUACGCGGCGUAACGAUAGACAUCUACGACAAUGCGCGGGAUCAGGGCGUUAUCGACUCGACGAGCGAGACAUUCUCCUCCUUCUCCACAUCGCUGAAAGGCUCCGCCGGCCGCCUGACGCGCAUGGCCGCGAGCGGGAACAAAGUCGCGGUUCUCAAGCUGUCGGGCAUGUUAAUCGGCGUCGUGCUGGUUCUGUACUUUUUGUACAAUCUGGCAUUCUAGGCGCUGACCUGCCUCGAGGAACUGCCUUCGGCGCUCGUGACGGCCGCCAUGAUGUUGGCUGCUUGGAUCUCGGACAGGAUGUGCG